ACGGAGCUGAGGCAACUUUCAAGUUUGUCAAAAUGACUGAGAGACCUGAUAUCCUUCAUUUCCAAUUUGACAACUAUGGCGACUCAAUGCUGCAGAAAAUGGACAAGCUGAGAGAAGAGAACAAGUUUUGCGACAUCACAGUCCGUAUAGAUGAUCUUGAAAUUCAUGGCCACAAGAUUGUGUUUGCUGCUGGCUCUCCCUUCUUAAGGGACCAAUUCCUCCUGAAUGACUCCAGAGAAGUGAAAAUUUCCAUCUUGCAGAGUUCUGAAGUGGGAAAGCAGCUGCUCCUGUCCUGCUACAGUGGCAUCCUGGAGUUUCCCGAGAUGGAGCUGGUGAAUUACUUGACAGCCGCCAGCUUCCUUCAAAUGAGCCACAUUGUGGAACGCUGCACACAGGCCCUCUUGAAGUUCAUCAGGCCAAAACAGCAAUUGGAGAAAAAAGAACCAAGUGAGAAACAAACUGACUCUUCAGAGCCAAAGGGACCACCAGCAGCAGCAGCAGAGGAAGAAGAGGAGGAGGAGGAAUCCUUGCAGCCAGAUUCCCCUUGCAUACAACCUUCUGAGGACAGCAUGGAUAUGGAGGAUAGUGAUAUACAAAUAGUGAAGGUGGAGUCCAUAGGGGAGGUUGCAGAUGUCAGAAACAAAAAGGACCAGAGCUCUUUUAUUUCUUCAGAACAAAGCACUCUUCAUUCAUCCGAGCCUCAGCACUCCCUCAUCAAUUCCACAGUGGAGAACCGAGCCAAUGAAAUAGAGCAGAGCCAGCUCCAUAACUAUUCCCUCUCAUAUGCAGGGAGUGAUAACCUCUUUGCAUUUGGCCCCAGCAACCGAGGGGUAGACAAAGGGCUCCAGUGGCACCACCAGUGUCCUAAGUGCACCCGUGUGUUCCGGCACUUGGAGAAUUAUGCCAAUCACUUGAAAAUGCACAAGCUGUUCAUGUGCCUGCUUUGUGGCAAGACUUUCACACAGAAGGGCAACCUCCACCGGCACAUGCGGGUGCAUGCUGGGAUCAAGCCCUUCCAGUGCAAGAUCUGUGGGAAGACCUUCUCGCAGAAAUGCUCACUGCAGGACCACCUCAACCUGCACAGUGGGGACAAGCCCCACAGGUGCAACUAUUGUGACAUGGUCUUUGCCCACAAGCCCGUCCUGAGGAAGCACCUCAAACAGCUCCAUGGCAAAAACAGCUUUGAUAAUGCCAAUGAGAGGAACGUCCAAGACAUCUCAGUGGAUUUUGAUUCCUUCAGCUGCAGCUCAGCAGUAGACUCAAAAGCUUGCCUGCAAGCUGAUGCCAGCCAGGUACUAGAUGGGGGAAAGCUGGCACAGGCGGUGCUUAGUUUACGGAGUGAAGGUGCUUGUGUGAAUUAGAGAAAUCUCUUUCUGAGCAACAGAGUAAGAAGAAAUGUACAGAGCUGAUCUGGACUUUUACUUGGCCAUCAGUUGACAGGUGCCGAAAGCUCUGUUGAAUCGCUUGCAAGAGCUGAACAAGGAACAGUAGG